CACCAGUUCACCAGUUCACCACUGCUGCACCACCGCAAAGCAAAACCCCUGCUUCUCCCCACUCGCAGAGGCAGGCAGAGAGAAGGGGCAAGGCAAGCGAGUCGAAGCGAAGCGGCGGUCUCGUGCACCACCACCGGCGGCCGAUGUCGGCGGCGGCGAAGGCGAAGGCGAGCGGCGGCAAGCGGGCCGGAGCCAAGGACCCCGCGGAGGCGCUCCGUACGGACAAGAGACAGCGCGACAUGGACGACUCCGAUCCCGAGCUCGACAGUGACUUCAAGGAGAUCGUGUCGAUGCUGCGCCACAUCAAGGACAAGGCACACAAGGACGGCCAGAGGAAGACCGAGCAAGCCAUCUCCAGUGUUGCAACAGAGAUUCAGUCUAUGGUACAGGACAUGAAGACAAAAUUUGAGAAGGAAAGCAGGCAGAAUUUUCUCAAGGCUCUAUCAAAGACUUCAAAAGAGUGUGAAGGUUCAUUGAAGAACGAGUACACCAAGUUUCAAGCCGCACAUGAUAAGUUCUGCAAAGACAAAGCUGCACACAUACAGAAUUUCAAAGACCUGUUUUCAAAGUUUGAAGAUGAAAAGGAGAAAUUGAUUGUUCAGUAUGAACUGCAAAGGAAGAAGGAGAAGGCUACUCUGUCUGAACUCGAGAAAACAGUGUCAGAAAAGAUAGCGGAUGCAGAAGGAUCUCUGAAGAAGAUGAAGCAGGGUGACAAAUCCAUCAGCAUCCUUCGCAAGUCCUUCGCUUCGUUUCUGGGACCUGAUGACGAGUUUGAGCGCGACGACGACUGAUGUGGCUCUUGCCAGAUUUUCCUCUCAUUCAGAUCAACAUGGAUAUAGCAGUAUGGUUUUGAAGAGCGGAGAAUGAUUCAUAGUGAAGAGAGAAAGUAGGUUCUGUAGGAAUACGGUAGUGAACUUGUGGUUUUUGGUUCCCUAUUCCGUGGCUGUUAAUUCGUCCGUCGCAAGUCCUUUCCCCCGUUUCUGGGCCCCGAUGACGAGUUUGAGUGCGCCUGAUAUGGCUCUUGCCAUACUUUCCUUUCAUUAAGAUAAAAAUGGAUAUAGCAGUAUGGUUUUGAAGAGCAGAGAAAGAUACAUAGUGAAGAGUGGAAGUAGGUUCUGUAGGAAUUCAGUAGCGAACUUUUGGUUCCCUAUUACCAGGCUGUUAGCUCUGAUGCAUGAUCAAAUUUCAAAUGGUACUCCCUUCGUCACAAAAAUAAGCUACAAUUCCACGUCA